AUGGAUUCACUGAAGGAACUUUCCGGUUUGAUCACCUUUGUGGUAACACCACCUUCAAUUUUAAAAGAUGCACGAGAGAGUAUAACAAGAUCGCGCGAGCUACACGAAUCGCUGACUCGAGACGUGUCAGCCAGCUCUGCCACAUUUGAGAAUGUUCUCGUACCUCUUGCGGAGGCCGAGAAUGCUCUUAUUACAACAUUUCGUAGACUCGUUUUUUACGAGUCUGUUUCGCCAGAUGCCAAUGUGAGGGAAGCAUCAGCUCAGGCAAAGAGCCUUUUUGAAGCCUUCAAAUUGGAGACGGCUAUGAACGAGGGUUUGUUCGCGCUCGUGGACGCUGUUUCAAAGGGAAAAGAAGGAUUGUUAGACCUUGAUGCAGAAUCACGUCGCUUAUUGGAAAAGGUGCACCAAGACCACACCGUGAAUGGCUUGUCCUUGUCAGUCGGAUCCGCCGAACGAGAACGUUUCAUGACGAUCAAGAAGCGGAUCGGCGAGCUCGAAGGGAUGUUUAUGAGGAACCUAGCGAAAUCAAAAACUAGUAGCGGUGGUCUGUGGUUCACGCGUGCGGAGUUGGCUGGUUUACCUGAGAGUUUGAUUUCGAGAUUGGAGAUGAGAGAGCACGACCACGAAGAACAGAGAUUUCGAGUCAGUUUCAAUAAUUCUGAUCUAUUUCCGACUCUGAAGUUUGCGGAGAACCCGGCAACCCGGAAGCGCAUGUACAUUGCUAGCGAGCGUAUCUGUGCAUCGAGCGUGCCAAUUUUUCAAGAAGCAGUCUUGCUUCGGGAUGAGGCGGCACGGCUCUUGGGAUAUGCAAGUCAUGCAGCUUUUAGUACCCGUGAUAAAAUGGCAAAGGAUCCGGAAACUGUUAACAAGUUUCUGCUCGAUCUGAAGAAGGGCCUGAUCACAGUGGCAGCAGAAGAUCUCAGGCACAAGAAAGAUCUCAAACGCCAACAUGUCGAAAGCCGCGGAGAAAACUACGAUGGCCAAUUUUUCUUGUGGGAUAGCAGCUUUUACAACAGCUUGGCACUCAGGGAGUGGCAUGCAGUAGACCAGCAACUUCUUUCGGAAUACUUCGAAAUCAAUACCGUGAAAUCCGCCAUCUUGGAGAUGAUGCAGAAUCUGUUUGGUCUUCGUUUUACACGGAUAUCCACCGAUCACAUGACAGCGGAAAUCUGGCAUGAGGAUGUAGAGUUGUACAGUGUUUGGGAAAGCGAUGAGACAGGAGGUCACUUCGUUGGGUAUCAGUACCUCGAUUUAUUUGCGCGCGAAGGCAAAGCUAGUCACGCGUGCUCGCUGAACUUGAAGCCGAGUACGCACAACGAAUUUUGUGCAACAGCGUUGCUGUGCAGCUUCUCUAAGCCCGUCAGUGAGCAACCUACUCUACUGAGGCACGACGAGGUGGUUCUUUUCUUCCAUGAGUUGGGGCAUUGUAUCCAUGACUUGGCUUCGAAGCCCAGAUAUGCGCGCUUCCAUGGACCCGAUGGUACUGCCGUUGACUUCAGCGAGGCACCAAGCCAGCUGUUAGAAUAUUGGUUCUGGACGCCCUCCGUUCUAAGAAAAAUCGGCCGCCAUUACUCAUAUCUCAGUGGCGAGUUUCUUAGAUCCUGGAUAGAAAGAUCCCCGAACGGAUCAGAGCGGCCAUCUGAGAAUCUAUCAGAGGAUAGCAUUAACCAAUUAUUGGCAAGCAAAAACAUGGGCGAGGUUGCCACUAAUAGGAUCAUGCUGACUAUUGCGUUGUUUGAUAUGAGUAUUCAUUCGCCAGAAAACUACGAGGUACUUACAGCCAUUGAUCCCUCAAGUAUGUACAACAGCAUAAGAAAAGAAGUUUGUCAACUUCAGGAUCCAACCGACCUAGGUGAACCUUGCGACUGGGGCUCGGGGUUCGCGACAUAUCCACAUCUCAUGGACGGCUACGACGCCGGUUUCUAUUCCUACUUAUUUUCGAAAGUCUUCGCUGCUGACAUAUUUUACUCCAUGUUUGCGAAAGACCCAAUGAACACAAGGGAAAGUUUGAGAUACAGGCGCGCCGUGCUUGAGAAAGGAGGCAUUCGAGGGGACCUUCAAAACCUGACAGAAUACCUGGGGAGAGAACCAAAAGUGGAUGCUUUCUAUCAUGCACUGAAAAUGUAG